GAUUGCACCGCGCAUCGUGAUGUUCCCAACAGCUGACAGACGGCGAAGCCUCUGCCAGAGCUGUCGGUGCAAGCUAGGAGAGCCCUAUCGUCGGAAACCCACACCGACUGGAAACACAAGCAGGACGUUUGUGAAAUUGAAACUACUUAACGGGUACAUUGUUUCAUGGGAAUAUAUUUAGUCGGUCUCGUCGCUUUUUAAACUAAAAAUAUUCAAACGUUGGCAGCCGGUGACAAUUGCUGUCAGCUAACUUCCACAAUCGGGCGCUGCGUCGCUGGACUGCCGCUGUAUGUUUUAUCCGAACUCAACGGUUUGACUCCAGCCCUUCCCUCUCCAGCCGUGUCCCAAUGCUGAGGAAUGGAUAGCGUGUCUACUAACGGUGGGAAGAUGGUCGAGAGUGAUGAGCAGCAGCCGGAGAGGCACAGCGGCUGUGGCGCAGCGACGGCCGCGCUCCAUCAGUGCGAACUCAUCCAGAAUAUGAUUGACAUCUCCAUCUCCAGUUUACAGGGGCUACGGACCAAAUGCGCCGCGUCCAACGACCUCACGCAGCAAGAAAUACGCACUUUAGAGGUAAAGCUGAUGAAAUACAUCUGUAAACAGCUGCAGUGUAAAAAGAAAGUCCCAGAGACAGAGAGGCCUGAGGCCCUGGACAGCUACCCGCACUUACGAGACUGGCUGCGCACCGUCAACCUGCGACCACAGCUCAUCCAGGCAAUAGAGGCAAAGUUAUCCCUGGACGCGUUCCUGCAGAUGACAGGAGCUCAGGUGAGAGAUGCAAUGAGAAGACUGGGGUCCAGUUCAGAAGAAUGUGCUAGACUUGGUGCUGCCCUCUCCUGUCUAAGGAGUGCCACUGAAUCAGGAGGCGAAGUGAAAGAGGAUGGUGCUUCCUGGUUGUCUGAGCACACCAGGAGGGACAGCGGCUCUUUACUAACCGCUGACCAGUUGCUUUACCUGGGAAAUCCCUUUCGCCCACACAGUCCAUCACCUCUAGCCCGCCCAUCCACCAUCCACUCCACCCCAUCCACCCCCACUGCGACCUUCCCUCAUCCACGCUCUGGGUCUGUUUCAGCAGCACCUUCACCAGAUGCGCUGGGAUCAUAUGGUCAUAGUGACAGCACUUUCACGGAUCUAUUCCCCAUGCCUCGGCCACGCACAACCCGGCUCCAAGGGCACACGUCCACUCCGCCUGUAACACCACCCUCAAAGAGGCGCAACAAACUGAAGCCACCCUGCACUCCUCCACCUCCGUCCCGCAAGGUGCUGCAUCUGCUCCCCAACAUAACUCUGACACGCAGCAAAAGCCACGAGUCCCAGCUGGGGAAUCGCAUCGAGGAUCCUCCCAACAACAAGUGUUUUAAAAAGAACAAAUUAUUACAGAAUAUGCAAGUGAAUGGGAAUGGAUGUGAGGAUUCGCCUGCUCGAUAUCCAGUCAAGCCUGCAAGGUCCCCUGGAGUAACCCCAGCUCCCAACACCGCACCUUACACCCUGCCAGGGACACCCACGCUGAUUGAGGAGCACAGCAUAAUUAAGAAUAAUGUAGCAUUGCACCGUAGCUCCCCAAAAGCAGUCAGGAGGGACAUCGGUCUAGCAGUCACACACAGGUUUUCAACUAAGUCUUGGUUGUCUCAGACAUGUCAAGUGUGCCAGAAGAACAUGAUGUUCGGUGUUAAAUGCAAACACUGUCGAUUAAAGUGCCACAACAAAUGCACAAAGGAGGCUCCAUCCUGCAGGAUCUCCUUUCUACCAAUUGCCAAAAUUAGGAGGACCGAGUCAGUUCCUUCUGAUAUAAACAACCCUGUGGACCGGCCACAAGAGGCUCCGCAGUUUGGAACAUUACCAAAGGCCAUUACAAAAAAGGAUCAUCCUCCUGUAAUGAACCAGCCAGACUCGAGCAGCAACCCAUCCUCCACCACUUCUUCCACACCGUCCUCCCCUGCACCUUUCCAGCAGAGCAAUCCCCCUAGUGCCACCCCACCACCUAACCCUUCGCCCAAAGGACACAGAGACAGCCGAUUUAACUUUCCAGCUGCGUAUUACUUUCAGCAUAGGCAGCAGUUUAUCUUCCCUGAUGUUUGCAGUCCUGCAAAUGUACACUCUGAUGUCCUCCAAGACACAGUCAAUGAGGUAGAACAAUCAGCAGAUGACACACACGCUGAGCUGGUAGAAGAUGAAGAUGAAGAGGAAAGGGAUGAAGACAUUGAAGUUGAAGAUCCUGAAGAGGAGGAGGACAAUGAAGAUGAUGACGGACAUGACCAUGGAGGGGAAUACGAGGAGGACAGGGAGGACAUGAGGAUAAACAUGGGCUCAGAUGGUGAGUGCGAUGAGCUGGAUGAUCUGCCAUGCUCUUGCGGAAACCAGUGGAAGGGCCCCAUAUCCCGCAAGCCCAGUCAGACGAGCGUGUACCUGCAGGAGUGGGACAUUCCUUUUGAGCAGCUGGACCUCGGGGAGCUCAUUGGAAAGGGUCGCUGGGGCAGAGUGCACAAAGGUCGGUGGCAUGGAGAGGUUGCCAUCAGACUUCUUGAAAUUGAUGGAAACAAUCAGGACCACCUGAAGCUCUUUAAGAAGGAGGUGAUGAACUACAGACAGACCCGACACGAGAAUGUGGUCCUCUUCAUGGGGGCCUGCAUGGCUCCACCCCACUUAGCCAUCAUCACCAGUUUCUGCAAAGGCAGGACGCUGUAUUCAGUUGUUCGGGACACUAAAAACAAUUUGGAUAUCAAUAAAACAAGGCAAAUCGCUCAGGAGAUUGUAAAGGGAAUGGGCUAUCUUCACGCUAAAGGCAUCGUUCACAAAGACCUGAAGUCCAAGAAUGUUUUCCAUGAUACCAACAAAGUGGUCAUCACUGAUUUUGGCCUAUUUGGGAUUUCUGGAGUCGUUCAGGAGGGGAGGCGUGAAAAUAAACUCAGACUUCCACACGGCUGGAUUUGUUAUCUCGCACCAGAGAUUGUGUGUAAAAUGAGUCCAGGUAACAACGAGGAUCGCCUUCCCUUUUCAACAGCAGCAGAUGUGUAUGCCUUUGGAACGAUUUGGUAUGAGCUUCAAGCUAGAGACUGGCCAAUUACUAACCAGCCUAUUGAAGCCACCAUCUGGCAGGUUGGGAGUGGAGAGGGCAUAAAGAAGGUUUUGGGGGAGAUCAGCCUGGGCAAGGAGGUCACAGAGAUCCUCUCUGCCUGCUGGGCGUUUGACUCGAGAGAUAGACCAACCUUCACCCAGCUGGCUGACUUGCUUGAGAAGUUGCCCAAACUCAACCGCAGGCUGUCCCACCCGGGACACUUUUGGAAGUCUGCAGAGUUGUAGCAGUCACUCUGAAACAUAAGCAAUGCAAAACAAAGCCUGGGUCUGCCUUGCAUGCUCCUGGAUCCUUAACUGUUACAGGAUUGAUCAAAGCAUUGCCUCUGCCUGAAACAGGCGCUACUUCCACUAAUCCCCAGUCCAAUCUUCCGUGUCUAACCGUUGGCAUUUUUCUUACUUGGAAGAGAGAAUCGGGGGACUGAAAUUUGAAAGAUGGGGCAGGGAGGGAGGGGGAAGCCGCUAUCGUCCCCCUUUCUUUCCCUUUUGAUACGUCUUUAAAAUCUCUUUGCCUUCUUUUUCGUUUGAUUCUUAAACAUCCCCUGGGUUUGUGAAUAACUUGUGGUGUCUGUGCCGAGACUGACUGACUGCUGUGGUCUGUGUGUGCUGAUGGCUGCUCAUCUUCUCUGUGCUGCUAUGAUGUGGUUGUUCUUGCUGGGGUCCUGACCACAUGGCACUUUUUUCGCACACACACACAAAGCAAAAGACGCCGCUGGACAUAAACGGACCCAAUCGCUGAACGGACAACUUUAUUUUUCUGUUUUUCCCCCGAGGGCUCGACACAUGUCGGACAGGCUGCUUGAGUGAUGCUCUCAAACCAGCUGCCUUCUGUCUCUUCUCCCUCACUUUAGUUUUACGGCCUGUGUGAUGGCAUGUGUUUGCUAGCCCAUGCACCGACAAUAUGCACUUUUGUCAAAAAGAAGAGAAAAAGAAAAAUUUUUUCUUUUUGGGUAUAUAAUUUAGUUUUGUUUUUUUCGCAUGGUGAUUGUCGCUGUGUUUUUACAGUUUCUCUACAGGCGAGUCUCAAAGACUGAACAGUGUGGUGCGCUCACUGAUAUGUUGUCUUUUAACGUACAAUCUGGUAAAUCUCUGUUUAUGGGACGCAUUUGAAAACAAAAACAGGUCACCGAGAGGUGCGUGUGUAUGUGUGCUUUACACAAUGAAAAGCAAACAGGUCAAAGCUACACAGGAAUACAAUUUCGUAUCUAUCUGAUUGAAAUGCACCAUUCAGGAGUCUGAUGUGAGUUUGUCCAAAAUCCUCCCAUUAUCAUUACCUCCUCAGUGCGCUUGUGUGCAUUGUUUGUGAUUCCUGGGUUCAUUUGGGUUGUUAAAAUGUACGUGUUUGAUUUUUAUCUUGUGGGUGCACGUGCAGCUGGGUGAGCGUUCAGUGUUUGGAAUAUGUUUGUUUUGGGGGGGGGUUUUGGUGAAAGAUUGCUGUACAUGUGUUCCAAAUCCAGUUGUAUGUAAUGUACGUAAAUUAAUAUAUAGGAAAUUAACACAAUUCUUCUAAAAUUUGUAUAAAACAUUUUAUAUGAAAAAUACUUCAAACAUUUUUGAUUAGGUACUCCUCUGGCUAUUUCAGAUAUGUAUAUAUCUAUAGAUAUAUAUAUAUAUAUAUAUAUAUAUAUAUAUCUAUAAAUAUAUAUAUAUAUUUAUAUUUUCUAUGUAUAAAAAUAUUGUAAAAAGGCUGUACAUGUUUUUUUAAGGAUGGGCCAAUUCAUGUUUUUUAUGUUAUUGUAAAGAUCCAUAUUUUUGUAUUGCAUGUGACUACCAUUCUGUACACAUAGUUUCUGUUUCCAUCCAUGGGAGACAAUAAAACAGGCUUGUCAUAUGAUAAGUUAACACUG